UAUUUUAUUUAUAACGUAAAUACUUGUUUAACUUUAAGUGCAAUAAACAAAUCAAAUGAAAUAGGUACAAUAUGAGGGUAAUUUUGCAACAGAAACAUAACUAUUGCAAAUCUUUGCAAGAAUUUGUGGUGAUCUGUUCAGAAAAAAAAUAUUUUGCGAAUUUAUGUAAUGAAAAAUUGAUUGUAAAUGUUCAAAUACAAUUUGAAUAAAUUAUUUAUUCACCUGUCUUCUAACAAUUCUAAAUAUCGUAAAACUGAACUACGCGAGCACGUUUAUUUUGUGCUAUUCUGCUCAAAGCUAUAUUCAUAUACAUAUUUAUUAAAAUAUUUUCUUUCAAACAGAAAAUUUUCACGUGUUCACAGAUUUUUUGAUAGUGAACAUUUUUAUACUCUCGCAACCUGUUGCACAGAGUAUUAUAGUUUUGUUCACAUAACGGUUGUUUGUGUCACCAAGAAAUAAAAGAGUUAGAUAUGGGGUUAUAUAUAUAUAAAUGAUCAGGAUGACGAGUGGAGUUGAAAUCCGGAUGUCUGUCCGUCUGUCCGUCCGUGCAAGCGAUAACUUCAGUAAAAAUUGAGAUAUCUUAAUGAAACUUGGAACGCAUGUUCCUUGGGACCGUGAGAGGGUUGCUUUCGAAAAUGAGCAAAAUCGGUCCACUGCCACGCCCACAAAAUCGCGAAAAUAAAGUUAUAACAGUAAAAUUUGGAAUAAAGGAUCGCACUAGGAAGGGGCAUAGUUGGAUGUAAUUUAUUUGGGGAAGUGGGCGUGGCCCCGCCCCCAAACCGGUUAUUUGUAUAUAUCUCACAAACCAAAAUCAAAUCGGACCAUAUGUUUUCAAGGCCCCAUAAAUCGAACAUGAGGACCUCGGUGCUACUAACCUAACAUUAGGGUUUCCAACUUUCUAUGGACUUUAUAUAAUAUAUGUAUAUGACGAAUAUGUGGGUCAAAUUGUGUAUUAUAUAAUAUUAAUUAAGUUAAAUAAAUAAAUUGCGAGAGUAUAAAAUGUUCGGUUAUACCCGAACUUAGCCCUUCCUUACUUGUUUGUAUACUAGUUUUAAAAUCUUCAAUCUUGGUGAUAUUUUAAUUUAAUAAACGUAAUUUUAAAGCUAAAUCUGCACAUCUGGCAACUCUACCCAGAAACUAUAAUGUGACGGACAUGUAUGCUAGAAUAAACUAGAAUCAACAAUGAAAUCGAUAACUUGCCAGAUUUAUCCAGACAUCGAUAUUCGUAGUUGCCAGAAUGUUCGAGUGACGAUAACUUGCUAACAAUAGGGUAUAUAAGGGCUGCCGGACUGGCAGCAACACACAGUUCUAAUUAGAGAGUUGCCGAGUAAAGUGCAAGAAGUUAUAACUCCUCGGAUUUGCUAAGGCAUAAAAGAAUGCAUGUUCAAUGUUAUUUGAACAGUGACUUUUAUUUGACAAUCCAGUGAUCGAACUCAGGGCAGAGUUUUAGAGUAAACGAUUUAUUUUGGAAAUCCGUUACAAUUGGUGUCAGAAGUGGGAUUGACAAAUAAAAUUCCAUAGGAGAUAAUGGUUAAAGAUACCACAACUCAAAAAGGAGUUGGUACAACGAGGCUUAGCAACGAAUGGGUUGAAAGCUGAUUUACAAGCCCGUUUGCGAGAGGCCAUGGAAGAAGACAACAUCAACGUGGACGAAUUUGUUUUUGAAUCGCUGUUAGAGGAAUCGAGUAAUGUCAGGAGUAAUCGUCAGGAGUAAUGUACAUGAACAUGAUUUUGUCUGCAGUGUCCCAGAUGUCAUCGCAGAUGUCGUCACAGUUGCAGGCGCAGUCAUUAGAAAUAAAGGAGAUGGAGACAAGCUUAACAACAAAGUUGUCCCACCAAAUAACAGAGCUAUCAUCACAAAUAUCAGCUCAGACGUCAGCACAGUUGAAGGAACAGGACGCCCGUAUAUCACAGGUGACUUCACAAAUAGCAGAAGUGUCAACAAAAAUUUCAGAAGAGCAAGACAAGAUCAAGACUGAUGUGGAAGAAUUGAAAGACAAGAUUAAGACUGAUGUGGAAGAACUUAAAGAUCGUUUCCGUGACCUACAAUUAAAUCGACAAAUGGUGUCAACAGGACUUGUCAAAGUCAACACUCCAUCAUUUGACGGCACAACUCCGUUCCAGAUUUUCAAACUCCAAUUUGAAAAGACGGCAGAUACGAAUAAAUGGAAUGCGGAAGACAAAGUUGCCGCAUUGUUCGUGACUUUAAAAGGGACUGCUGCGGAAAUUCUAUAAACUAUACCCAAUUGCGAGUCAAGCAGUUACGAAGCGUUGAUGGCUGCUGUAGAAAGGCGGUAUGGGAGUGAGCACAGGAGGCACCUAACUCCCAUAUACAUAAUAUUAGGGUUUCCAACUUACAAUGGACUUUAUACCAAAUACAUAUAAGACGAAUAUGUGGGCCAAAUUGUGUGUUAUAUUAAUGAAAUUAAAUAAAUAAAUUGCGACAGUAUAAAAUGUUCGGUUACACCCGAACUUAGCCCUUCCUUACUUGUUUUGGUUGCUGUCUUCGAUCCAUAAUGACAACGCCACUUCCAUUUUUUCUAUUGCUGGAUCACGAACAAUUUUAGCUGACAGUGAAGUUGAAGCUACAGACAGAUUUUUUUUAUCGAUCGUACAGUUGAUUCGUUGACAUUGAAUGAGUGUGAUAUGGAUGCAAAUGACUCUCCAAGGCGUAAACGAUCAAGCAUUUCUAUUUUCACUUUAAGCGAUAACACAACUUUCACAGUCGCAACAAAAGUUGCUAAGAGAGUAUUAUAGUUUUGUUCACAUAACGGUUGUUUGUAAGUCAUAAAACUAAACGAGUUAGAUAUAGGGUUAUAUAUAUCAAAAUGAUCCGGAUGACGAGAUGAGUUGAAAUCCGGAUGUCUGUCUGUGCGUCCGUCCGUCCGUCUGUCCGUGCAACGGAUAACUUGAGUAAAAAUUGAGAUGUCUUAACGAAACUUGGAACAAGUAUUCCUUGGCACCCUGAGGAGGUUGCUUUCGAAAAUGGGCAAAAUCGGACCAUUGCCACGCCCACAAAAUGGCGAAAACCAAAAACCUACAACGUGUCAUAACAAAGCCAUAAAUAAAGUUAUGAAAGUAAAAUUUGGAAUAAAGGAUCGCACUAGGAAGGGGCAUAUUUGGAUGUAUUUUUUUGGGGAAGUGGGCCUGUCCCCGCCCCCAAAUCGGUUACUUGUAUAUAUCUCGCAAACCAAUAAAGCUAUAUGAACCAA